CGGGAACGAAGCUCCAUCGGCCAAGUGCAAGCAAGGGUUCCGAGCGUUCGGCACUGCUUUCUAGCCCUAUCUUGGGACAUCUGCAAUACUUUCCCUCCGUAUCUCGGCGUCCACCAUGGCCGUAUCCCAUGAGAAGCCGGGAACGGCAGCGGCCAAGUCCACACAUGUAUCCGAUCCCGCGCUUGAUCCAUUCCUCCAAUCGCAAUUCGACCCCGCCGACUACCUCAAUGCCACGCUUCCCUCGCUAUCGCUAAGCUCAAGAUCAAAGACAGGCAAUGCCGCCUCGUUGGCCGACCUCUCCUCUCAGACCCAAGACCUCCUCUCACAGCUCAAUGCACAUACUACCCGGUUAUCUGCCAUACUUACGCAAUUGGCCGAUGACAUACUGCGGACUGGAGGGCGACUGGCUUACGAGGUCGAGGUAUUGCGGGGAGAGGCAGUCAGCCUCACAGAGACCUUAACGGAUGGUCUAAAGAACGAUGUUGAGAAAUUUCUGCCAGGUGGGCUCACUCUGAAAGCAGACCCUGUAGAAGGAGAACCUGGAAGCCCUGCGCCAGCACAAACAGAAGCCCCCAGCGAAGCGCUACCAGCGCUGCCAGCGCUAGUAGAACCCGAAGAAACUACUCCCGAAUACAUCUCCGACCUCCAUACCCUGACCACGGUCCGCUCGCGCCUUGAGAAUGUAAUCAAGGUUUUCGGAGAAGCCAUGCACUGGACUAUCCCUCCCAGCGAGGUAUCCCUAGGAGCCUCCCUAAUCAGCGUCUCUGCCCCCGAGCCCGGUACCGAUAGUGCCUCACGCGAGCAAAAGGGCAAAGAAUUUGCCACCUCGCUCCGCUCCGAGAUUGCCGACCUUAUCACAGGCGAUCCAGAAGGCGGCAUGCACAAGGCCGAGGUGCGCAUACAAGCGCUGAGAGACCUCGCUCAGGUAUGGAAGGGUACGGCCGAAGAAAAAGCAAGAACAAAAUUCAUCGAUGGCCUGGUGAAGCUGGCGGAGGACAAGCAGCGAGAGCUGGACAAGGAGAAGGACAAGAAUAAAGAUCGAGGCCAGCAGAAGCCAGUCCGUAGCUCUAGUACCUCAAAGUCACAGCCACAGCCUCCGCAGCAGAGAACCGGUGGCUUUCUAGAAAAUCUGCAAAGAAUACGAGGCUUUGUGGAAUAAACCAUGCUUUGCUCAAUCCAUUUACAUUGCGAAGCACAUCACGUGAUCACGCGUCGCCAUGCUCUCAACUAUCAACACGUCUCUUAAUCUGCCCCUCUUUCUCAAUGGCAUCUAGCAAUGGCUCAAGUAUGGAAA